UCUUCUCUCUCUUCUCUCUCUUUCUCUCUCUUCUCUCUCUCUUCUUUCUUCUUCUUUUCUCUUCUUCUUCUUUCUUCUCCUCUCUUCUUUUCCUCUUUCUGAAAGAAGCCUGAAAAUUUUGUAUCUGUGUAACUGAUAGGCCUGCUUGCGACCGGCGAACUCUCGCAGCAUCCACGCACGUUUUAAAGUUUUAAAAAAAAUUAGUUUCAUUUGCAGCAGUUCGUCUUCUGUUCGUCUUGUUGUUUUAGUUAUGAGGUGCUGCAGGAGAGCGCGCCAACGUAAUGGUUUCCACCACUUUACCGUGUAAAGUUUACAGCAGUUUACAGAUUAUAAGGCCCUGGAGCUGUUCGCGAGCGUGUUUUGUGUUUAGUGCUAAUUAAGUGUGUAUUUCCCCAUAAAAGAUAGCGUUUACUCCAAUUUUUUUUUAAUUCAUGCUCUUUUAUUCUAUUGAAGUAAAGUUUGAAGAAUGAAAUAUAUAUUUUCUCUUUAAUGUGUUCUGGGAGCGAAUCAUGUUCGAUAUUUCGGAUAACUGUAGGAAACUUUUUCAAUAAUUACACAGCUUUAAUGGAUUUUUGUUCUGUUAUUUCUGUUACGUGAUAACGUAAAGAAUUUUGGUUAAAAAUGAGCAAAUAUUCUAGUGAUUCUGAUUCUAGUGAUGACUCCCGUUACCAGAAAAGAAAGAGCAGACGGAGUCGUCAUUCUCGAGAUGAGAGCUCUCGUAGUACAUUUGGAUCACGUUCAAGCAGUAAAGCAAAACAUAGUAAGUCCUCUCGUGACAGAUCACGUUCAAGCUCUAGGGAUAGAUCAAGUGGAAGAAGAAAGCAUAGGUCCAAAAGACGCUCUAGAUCUCCAUCAAAAAGCCGUUCAAAAUACAGAUCAACUUCAUCCUCCUCCUCGUCUAAUGGCAAAUCUCAUUCUAGAUCAAAUUCUCCAGUGUGUGUUGACUCUCGCACAACCUCACAAACAGGAUCAGCUAAGCAAGAGCCUAGUUCAGAAGAUCAAUUGAGAGCCAAACUGCAGCAGGCAAUUAAGGCAGCUCAAUCAGCUGAUGACUUGCUGCGGCAACAAGGCUUCUUGACUGGAGUCUCUUCAAGAAAAGAUGAUAUAAUUAAAGAACCAGCCACAAAUAUUCUUGAUGAAAUAAAUAGUCCCAGUUUCAUACCAAAAAAUUUUGUCUCCCAAGCAUCUAUGCCAUUUACAUCAGAAGCUACUCCUAAUGUAGCUAUUAAACCUGGCAAUGUACCUCUAGCUGCCACUUCCACAGAAGCAAAAGAUAGUGCCACUAGCAUAUUCCAUCCAAGUUUGCUGGUUGACCCAGAACUAAAAUUAGACAAUUUCCAUUUGGUAGAUACAUUUCUACCUUUGUAGAUAUGAGUUGACUGCAAGGUGGCACUAAGCUGUUAGCUUGAAUGUAUGGGGGUGGAGAGCAAUGUUGGAAUUGAGAUCGCUGCGUGCUGCAUCUGAAAGUAGAGAAGGAAGUUGGCAAACAAAGAGCAGCAUUCGUUCCCCAGCUUACUACAUGGCAGCUAUGAGGCAUGGCAAAACUAGCCAAGAUGAUGUCUGUUACGUGGUUGCAAAGUAUGAUUACACAGCACAAGGAGCUCAGGAAUUGGACCUUCGGAAAAAUGAACGCUACCUCCUAUUGGAUGACUCAAAGCACUGGUGGAGGGUACAGAAUGCACGUAAUCAGGCUGGCUAUGUGCCCAGUAAUUAUGUUAAAAAGGAAAAACCAUCCCUCUUUGAUAGCAUAAAGAAGAAAGUGAAAAAAGGUUCCGGUUCCAAGACCCUUCCUUCUAGUAACUCCCCUUCACGUGCCAUUGAAUCACCAACAAUGGGUCGUAGACUCCCUGCAGACCCAGCGGAAGCCAUAGGCACUGCGGUGGUGAAGUACAACUAUCAGGCACAACAGGCUGAUGAGCUGUCGCUGGUGAAGGGUACACGCAUCCUUAUUUUGGAGAAGAGCAAUGAUGGCUGGUGGAGAGGACAGAGUGGGACCCAGGCUGGGUGGUUCCCCAGCAACUACACCCAGGAGGAAGGGGAUGCUGAUGACACACUACACACAUACGCCAUGGCAGAGAAUGUAUUAGAUAUUGUUGUAGCUCUCUACUCCUUCACCUCAAAUAACGAUCAAGAGCUGUCCUUUGAAAAAGGUGACCGCCUGGAGAUACUCGACCGCCCCCCUUCUGACCCAGAAUGGUACAAAGCUCGCAAUGCUCAAGGACAAAUAGGACUAGUGCCACGAAACUACUUACAGGAGUUAAGUGAGUAUCUUACUCAGCCAUACCGAAACCGAGAUACUGGGAGUGAUCGUCAAGAUUCCUUAGAUCGGCGUACUGACACAGGAAGCAUGCGUAGUGUAGACAGACCACACCUCAUUGGUAAACCCUGGUAUUACGGAACAAUUACCAGGGCCCAGUGUGACAAUUUGUUGAAUCAGCAUGGCCAUGAUGGAGACUUCCUAAUCCGAGAUAGUGAAACAAAUGUUGGCGAUUAUUCAGUGUCCUUGAAAGCACCAGGUCGCAACAAACACUUCCGUGUGCAUGUGGAAGGAGCCCUUUAUGGUAUUGGCCAGCGCAAAUUCCAUACUCUUGAUCAACUAGUGGAUCAUUACCAGCGUGCUCCAAUUUACACCAAUAAGCAAGGUGAGAAGCUGUACUUGGUGCGGCCACUUCCGAAAGUCGCUAACAGCUGCUAAUGGAGGCAUAUACCAGGGUCACAUGCCUGAUACAUACCUCUUCUCAGCUCCCUGUGCGCUGACUGGCAAGCCCGUAACGCAUGCCUGAUCCUUGCAUGGACAGAAUUUGUAUGUCCACAAGGAUUUAAGUCUUGUCAAAUUUAUCCUGACUUAGGUCACAGAGUAUAAUGUUUUGUAUUGGAGUGUAUUGAAGAAAACUACAUACCAUGGAAGAUGACUUACUAAUUCAAAAGAAAAAAAGGACGUUAUGUUGUCUCAAAUAUUAUGUGUGUUUCACAUAAGCAAUUUUGAAUACAAUUUGUGCUUUGAUAAUCACUUGCUGUCUUCCUUGCUCAUGACAAUGGCUUGUGACAAAUAGUUGUUACUACAAGUAAAAAAUGUUUUGCCCUUACCACACUACAUAUAAUUUUUAACAAUUUGAAACUGCUGCCUCAUUGAAUAACCCUCAUUGAAAGACAUUAUUUUUGACUCUAUUCAGUGCAUAAUAUGACUAUCCUUUCCGUCAAAAAAUUGUUGCCCAGAUGUAUAAAAGUAUUAUGCAAUUUCAAUGCCUACUAUUCAUAAUGCUUAUGUAGGUCAGACAUCCAAUUUAGAAUAUUACGUAUAAAAUGAAUAAUUAGUAAUGUUUGUCAUUUAAAAACUACCUCAGAAAUUGUGAAUGGAUCUCCAUCAUUUUGCUAGGAAAUAUUUCUUCUCGAUACGUCUGGCUUCAUUUGGGUCUUAUUUUUCAUAUCCGUGUCCUUUCAGUGAGAUUCCUGGUUAUCGUCUGAAUGAGAAACACAAAAUUACUCUUCCCACCUUGGUUGCUCAAAAUUGUUGAAAAUAUUGACAAUUAUUUCGCUUCAGCAGGGAGUGCUUAAACUGUACUUCAGACUCCAAUUGUUGAACAAGGGAGAUUGUGGAUUUAAUGUGGGAAAAUUUUGAAUUUUUAGUUUUCAAAGUUCACCUCCUUUUAAGAUCAUUUUAAGAAAAAAAAUUAUAUUCAUUUAAUUGUAGUUAGAAAAAAUUCAAAACAUUGAGAAGAUUAUACUUUACAAAAUUUAUCACCUAAUUGUUUAAAGCUUUCAAACAAAUCAAAAAAUCCAAAGAAGUGUAUUUGACUUAUAACAAACCUGAAAUUGUCAAAUUUGUAAUUUCUAAUUGCCGGAAAUGAAGUAAAAGUGCAUUAAUGCAAAGGUGAUUUUGUAAUUGCUUUUUACAUGUGAAAAAUAGUCCCUAAGUAGUUGAAUUCUAUGUUUUUGUAUGUUAAAAAGCAAUUAUUGACUGAGUUCGGAAUAGCUUGGUGUUCUGCAUUUAAGCUUCAUUUUGGUUCAGUAAGUGGUAAGGAAUUUAUUUGUUUUCAUACUGAGGAUUGCAGUAAGUUGGUGUUGGUAUUCUCUUCAUUUGGUAUGUAGUUUUCUGAUGUGUGACAUGUUUUUUAUAUUUCAUUUUUAGAAAAGAAGUAGUUCACAAAAUUUAAAAGAAAUGUAAUUUAUGAGAGUCAGUAUCACUGGCAGUAACGAGAACAUUGCACAUUUUAUUUUAUCAAAAAUUAAUGAAGAAUGAAUGUUAAAAACCGUAAAAUCAGUUAAAUUUUAUCAUUCAUAAAGCUUUGUUAGCACAAUGUUCAUCAUGAAAAAUAAACAGAAUUAAGUGUGGCACUACCAGGUAUUACAUUAUUAGUGCUUCUGAUGUUUUUGUCAAGUUAUUAGAAUCUCAAAAUAUGUUCUUCCACUUUUUUCUUUCUUAUAUAAAGACUUUGAAAUUUAUUUGAAAAAAAAAUAGCGCUGGAUUGUACAUUUAUUUGGAAAAAUUUCCAGAAAUGGAAAGCGGUUUUAUUAAUUGAAUGUAAUGUAAAUCAGCAAGUUGUCAAAUUACAAGAAAACUUUUCUAAUGUUUUGAUUUGAAGUAUUCAUUGGUCACAGAUCAACUAAGAGUUGAAGUAAAACUUGUGUGAUAAGAACUUUGUUUCAGGAGAGCAUUUCAUAAGAAAGGUUUUCUUGUAUUUGAAAUUUUACUGAUGGAAGCCCAAAUCGCAUUUGCUUGUGAGUUGUAAAGGGGAAAUUUAAUUAGGAUGUGAGUUAUUACCACAACGAAACACAAGUUGAGGUUCAUUUUAUGGAAAUGAAAUUUCUGCACACAUGGCCUAAACUUGGUGUACAUUUCCAAGUAAACUCUUGCAUGACCUCAGGAAGAAGACAUGAAGUUGGAUCUGUGUGUAGGCAGCUUUGGGUGUAUUUGAUUGUUUUAAUGUGUCACAUUGAAGAUAGUUCUUUAACAUUGCAGUUGAAAGAAAAGUCACACCAUCAUAAUCACUCAUUAACACUUUCAAUCCAGGACCAUAAACAUUAAGCAAGCUUUAAAAUAUCUGGCUUUCUGACCUUUUAGUUUUGUUCUUUGUUGAAACUAGUUUUUGAAUUCAUUUUUUCAUGCCUAUAUUUCUACCUCUGAAUGUUCACUGAUUUGUUUAAAGCCUUAUUUUUUACUGAUUGUUUAUUUCACAGAUAUUGUGAUAAAAUACAUCUACAGAUGAAACCAUUUAGUAACCAAUUUUCAAGAAAAUUAGUAGAUAUUAAAGCUGAAAAAUCAUUAAAUUUUGCCCCAAAAAAGUAAAUAUCACAGCUCUAACUACUUAUCUGCUGAGGUCUGGAACUGAAAGUGUUAAUAAAGAAUUUCAUAACUAUUGAUUCUAAGGUCAAAAUGUUAUUUGUGAAGGUGACAACCUUAAUCUUACUAUCUCAGUUGAAGCAGAUGCACACUUUUGAACUGUGGCCAAUACGAAAAGUGAUAAAAUUGACAAAAACUAUGCUUUUCCAUUCAGAGCAGAUAUCUCCAUAGUUGUUAAGUGUGUCCAACUCUGUUGUUUGUCUGCCUGGAUGGCCAUUUUGUGCUAUUUCAAUGCAGCAAAAUUAUCUUCUGAAACUGUUAGGUGUGUUAUCGUGUAGUAUUCAUAUCAGCUGCAAGCAUGAAAGGAACUGAAAUACUAUAAACAAGCUUUAAACGUUUUUUUGUAUUUUCUUUAGAAACAUGGCUGUCAUAGCAAAACAUUUCCUCCACUAUUUGUGUAUUGCAUUCUGUUAGUUACUUCAUUGCAAUGAAUGAAUGUGCAUUAGCCUGUACUAUGUAGUCAGCAGAACAUCUUGCAGUAGGGACAGACCAGAAGUUUUGUUCUUAUAAGAAGUAAAGUGUAUUAUAACCUAUUUGAGUCAUUGUACUUCAACACUGUAAAUAUUAAUUGAAUGUAAUUUUGUGUCCUAUUUUACAUCAAUUUUUGUCUUGUUGAUUGAGAAAAGUGUGUAUGUAAUGUGACUAAUGUAUUGUCAUUUGUUGUGAGUAGAAUUUUUGUUUCAUUAUUACUGCUUAAUUUGACCAAUGAGAAGCUUUAUUUUUUGGAAGUAAUUGAUCCACUGGGCAGAACAAUGCUUACUCCAUAUUUUAAUUGCUGUUUUAUAUAUUUGUCUGUCCCUUGCAACGAUAUAAUUGCAUUUAUUUAGAUGUAUUAGACACAUUCCUACCAUUCAUUGUAGGCAUUUCCCUGCAUGUUGCAAAUUAACACUGUAUGAUGAUUGGCUGCUUUAUUUUAAUGUUACAAUGUUGCUUCUGUGAAGUAAAUUAAAUGAAAUAUAAGAUACUCAAACAAUUUACUGCAUUCAUUGCUGCUGAUAAAUUAUAACUGUGCAAAGUCAUGUAAUUAAAUGUAUGUUUAUGUCCAUUGAAGACAGACCAGCUGGAAGAUGGAAGAUUAAAUCCAUUACUAUUGUGCCUUUUGUGGGUAUUUUCAACCUUCUCACUUGCAAACAGGUUUCGUUGAUGAUUUGACAACUUUAACAAUGUACUAUAAGAAUAAAUCAUGAUUUACUAGUAAAAGUUUCCUAUAAUAGUAUUAGUUGUUCAACUGCUAUUACUAGAAUGAUUAUGAAAUUUGUACUAUUUAGUUUGUUUAGAUAAAAGAGCACAAAAUCACUUGUAGGUCAACUUUUCAAAUGAAUUGAUUUAUGUUAGGAAUACUCCUUGACAAGUUAUCAUUCACUGCCAGACUUCAAAAUGCCUAUGGUAAUGGUUUAAGUUUUUCUUGAUCUUCAGGUGCAAUCUAAUGUGAAUUUUUACUGCAAUGCAAGUGAAAAGAUGUUGAGAACAAAAAUUGUUUUGUUCUUACUCUUUGGUUCAGAUAAUGAAAGACCAUUUUUGUUUCGCUCACAGUCAUCGUAACAUACACAUGAACCCACAAUCCAUUGUUGUUAUUUUUUUUACUAUUUUGUGUGAAUAUAGUAAAAGAAUUGUGUUAAGUGAAAGGCCAGAUACACUUAAAUUUCUGUUGUAAUAUAGUUGUUUUUGAAAGUUUGAAUGUUUUCUUUUUGUUUCUUCUUCUUCUUUUUUUCUUUGCUCCUUUCAAUAUUUACAAAUGCAAUGGCUUGCAAAUCUGUUUUGAAGUACUUUUUUAAAACAAAACUAAAAAUUCACCCAAAACCUGCCACAUUGCAGGAGGAAGUGGAGUGGCCCCAGUCUUCUUCAAUGCUCAUAUCAGGUGGCAUUUGACGUUUACAUUCUCUCCAUCCCUCUCCUGGCAUGAAUGCUUAACGGCAAUUAAUAUAUUUUUAAAAUUGUGUAGUUUUUAUCGUGUGUGGUAUGUUUGAGUUUGUCUGGUAGUAGUAUAGAAUUAUAUAUAAAUAUAUAUAUAUACCUACACCUUAUGUGAUUUUACAUUGUUUUUAAUGUUUAUCUGUAUAUAAACCAGUACCUAGCCACAGUUUGCAGAAAUGGUGAAUUUUGGCUUGACAAUUGAAGUACCAUUAUUUUUUUGAAUGAAGAAGAAAGCUUUAGUAAACACAAGAAUUUAUCUUGUUUCUACUGUACAAUUUCCACAUAGAUGCUGCUGAUAGUUUUCAAAUAGAUGCUUUUAUGGUUGAGUCCACUAAAUGCUUUGAUAAUUAAGAAACAUCACAGUUUCAUUGUCAUUACAAUGUUUAGAUUCAUAUGGGUAUGCAUAAAAUCUUGUAAUGACAUGAGUUUAGUUUCUUGUUGAACUCUGGUUACAUUUUUCAUGGUAUUUGCAUUUUUAUACUGUCAUGUAAAAUAAUAUCCAUGCAAUUACAAAGCUUUUUUCUCUUUCAAAAUUACUUUUUUAGUCAAAUAGCCCAUAGUAUUAAAAAUAAUGUGAGCAGGAUGAAAAUAAUUUGUCUAUGUUUACUGUGUAUUCCAAUAUUAAAUUUUUGCUGACAUCAAUUGCAAUUAAUUCAAACAAAUCAGCCAGUAAUGUGCAACACAUUUGCAUAAAUUUUGCCUACUUAAAUAUAGCUCAGAAAAAAUAUUGGGUUGAAUAAUUAUGUUAUAUUUGCUUUCUGAUCCACACUGCAGACAGUUGUGGGUAUUGUCCAUCUUAGUCAUGUACUGUAUAUAGUUUGUGUGUAUGUACAUCCUUUAAAUAGUGUAGGUUGGUCAGGAGUAUGUAUCACUGGGUGUAUGGUAGCCUGGUGGUAAUGCAUGAGUGAGAUCUGAGAAUCCAGACUUGUGAUGCAGGGCAUCAUUUCAUAUAAUAUGUUUGCUUAUACAUUUUUGCUCACUUUUUGUCUGAUACAGACUGCAGUCAUAUUUGCUGCUUUAAUUUUAAUAUAAAAAUAUAUAUAAUAUGUACAUUUUUCACACACACACACACAUAUAUAUAUAUAUAUAUAUAUAUAUAUAUAUAUAUAUAUAUAUAUAUAAGCAAAAGUCUUGUAAUAUUUUUUAAUUUGCAUAAAUUGUAGGAGUUUUGUAAUGAUAAAAGGUGCAACAGUUUAAUGUUUAUUUAUUUCUAUUAUGUUGUUGUAUAAUAUAUUAUCUCCUUGAGAUAUAAUCUUUUUUCCUGACUUCAAAGAGCAUUUGGAUGUUUGCAUGUGCAGUCAUCUCUUGUCUAAGCAAGAAAGAGAAUAUCAAUGAUGUCCGCCUCCCACACCAUGGGUAGUAUUAUACAAGCCUUUGAGUGCAAGCUGACGUUUAUUUGAAAAGAACGUAUCUGGCAUUUGUUCAAAAUGUUUUCUUAAAUUCUGAGAUAAUAGGAGAAGUAUUUUAUGAAUCAAGUAGUUCUCUUGUAAAAGUUUGUGAGAGUCCAAUGAAUUUGAAUUGAAAUAUUUUGUGACAAGUGCAAAUUCUGAAAAAAUGUGGUUAUCCUGUGUACUGGCUUUGUCACUUGUACUUUAUAAAUGAGAUUAAUAGUUAAAGGAUGAUUGAAUUGACUGAUGAGUAGAUGAUCAUAGUUAAGAAUUAAAUCCAUGUGUAAAAAUGUGAUUGCAAGUGUUGCAGCUGUGGAUGUCAAUGAAUUUCAUAUUACCAUGAUUUGUUUCAUUGGUAAUUGAGUAAUGUGUCCAUUAAUCCAAGAUUUAUCUUGGACAUUCAUAUUGUUAUUUCACAAUGUAUUUUAUCUGCCUAAAAAUGCUGAGCUGUGUGCCAUGGAGAAAUUUGGUCCAGUGAUAUACUCAUAUCUGUGAACCAAUUUGUAAUGGGGAUUUCAAAUUUUCUGUGAUCAUUUUUAUUUACAAGAGGGGAAGGGUUUAAUAUUUUUGACAAAGUACAUUUGGGAGAAUCACACAUUCAAUGAAGAAAAAACUUAUAAUUAUUUUUUUUAUUUUACGACAAAAACAGUUAACAACUGUGUGUGACUUCAUUGUACUACUAUUGAUCAUUUAGUGCUUGUGGUACAAAAGACACAAUGAAUUUGAAGCAAAGCCUUGUUUUGUCUUAGGAAAAUGGGGUGGGGGGUGGGGGUAAAAGGAUAGGGUUAGGUAAUAUUGCAAGUGCUGGAAAAGUGGCUGCCAUAAGUGAUGACCUGGCAUACAUUACCAUAUUUUCAACCAUAAAUUGUGUAUAAUUAUUGUAUUGUGAGCAAUUCAUUUGCAUUUGUUUUAUACUAGAUAUAAUUUUUCUCGUAAAACAGUAAGUACAAUAAAGUAUUAUACAAUCUACAUGUUACAUGCCUGUAUUCCCUUUUUUCUUUUCUGAGUAAUAGGUAUUUUGCUGGAUUUAUGAAUUACAUUUUGCUUUGACUUAAGUAAUAAUUAUAAUUGUUACUAAUGGAAAUGACAUUUUGAUAUAUAUUUUAAAAGAUUUCUGAGCAAAAUUUGUAAAGCAAUGUCUGUUUUUGCAUUGAACACAGUAUGUUAAUUAAAUUCAAAUUCAAGUCGUAGGUUUUAUCUAAAUUGAAGACUUAAU